UGAAUGAAGAGAUAGUGAGCAGGAAGAAGCAGGUUGACCAGGCCAUCAAGAACGGACAGGCCCUGCUCAAGCAAACCACAGGUGAGGAGGUUCUGCUGAUCCAGGAGAAGCUGGACGGUAUCAAGUCUCGCUAUGCUGAGAUGACGGGCGGGAGCAGCAAAGCCCUCCGCACACUGGAGCAGGCCCUGCAGCUUAGCACGCGAUUCGCCAGCGCCCACGACGACCUCAACCAAUGGCUGGACAAGGUGGAGGCGGAGCUCAACAUCAUGGAGCCCGACGCCACGCCGACCUAUCAGGACAGACAGAAGGAGCUGAAGUGUGUGUCAGCGGAGAAACGUCUGGUUUUGGACACGGUCAACGAGGUGGGCAAUGCCCUCUUAGACCUGGUGCCCUGGCGUGCCCGCGAGGGUCUGGACCGCCUGGUGGCGGACGCCAACCAGCGCUACCGAACGGCGGACGAGACCAUCACCCAGCGGGUAAAGCUGGUACAGGCUGCCAUCCAGAGGUCACAACAGUAUGAGGAGGCGGUGGACGCGGAGCUGACCUGGGCUGGGGAGACGGAGAGGAAGCUAUCCUCCCUGGUCCUCUGA